UCUCAUGCUGACUCACAUAUUCCUCAGAAUAGCAUUUGCCUACCUCUUUUUCAAGUAAACACUUAACUGAGGUAUAACAGAGAUACAGGAAAGUGCACCAAAAUACACAGCUCCUUGAAUUUUCACGACAGAACACACCCAUGUAACCAGCACCCCGCCCAAGAAAUAGAACAUGUUAAAUCUGUGUCAUGUGAAUUUCACCCCAACUUAAAACCACAACAAAAAAAAGCAUGAGCAGCCCCUAGAGGCUUCCCUCAUGCAGCACCAUGCCCCUAUGUCCCCAGUCACCAACCCCUCCAAAGGAAACCGGUAUCCUGACUUGUUGCACAUAGUUUUGCCUGAUUUGGAACUUUAUAUACAUGGAGCCACACAGUUUUUACUCUUCAUUGUUUGUGGCUUUUUGCUCAGCAUUGUUUGUGAUCCAUCUGAGUUCAUUCAGCAAUUUGUUCAUUCUCACUGCACUGCUGCAUGGUAUUCUGCUGUGGGAGGGGACCACAACAUAUCCAUUCGACGGUAGAUGGACAUGUGGGCUGUCCCAGUUUGGGGCUAUUACACAUAGCACUAGUGGGCAUGUCUAUUGUUCCACUGCUGGGUCGGAGGGUACACAUAGUCAAUGUCAGCACAUCAUCCCAAAUCGCUCUUUAACUUGGGUGCAUAGGUCUACACUCUGACCAGUGGUGGACAAGAAUUCCAGGUGCUCUGUAUUCUCACCAGCAUUUGGUCAGCAUGUGCUAUUUUGCAGAGAAGACAACUGGGGCUCAGAGAGGGGUAUGUGCUGCCUCCAGCUCAGCAAGAGAGUCUGAGCCCUGCUCUGCUGCCUCCUCUCCUCCAGCAUCCUGCCCCCACUGUGCCCUCCCAACUUGACUGUGGGGUGGGGUAGGACAGACAGUGUCACGUGGAGUUGCAUUCAGUGGGAGGAAGCCAGGCAGGGUGCAGACGGCUUCUGAUUCUGGGGCUGGUCAGGAAAUCAAGGAAAACCCCCACGAUGGACUCACCAUCACCAAGCCGGGUCUCCCAAGCCCAGCCAGCAGUCCCCUCCCCACUGACCUCCUACCACUGGCACACAGGGGGUGGUGGAGAGAAGGGGGCUGGAGGGUUCCGCUGGGGACGCCUUGCGGGCUGGGGGAGGACACUGAGCCACCAGGAGCCCAUGGUCAGCAGCCAGCCAGCCCCUCGCUCGCUGUUUCGCCGUGUCCUCUCUGCGCCCCCCAAGGAAUCACGCACGAGCCGCCUCCGGCUAUCCAAGACCCUCUGGGGGAAGCAUAAGAGCCCACCACUGGAGCCAGAGCCGGAGCCAGAGGCCACAGAGCCAGAGCCAGAGCUGGAGGUGCCUGCCCCACACAUCCCUGAGGCCCCCACACCCGAUGUGCCUGUCUGGAACAUCGGGGCCUUCACCCUGCUGGAUGGGAGGCUGGUGCUGCUUGGGGGUGAGGAGGAGGGUCCCCGCCGGCCCCGGGUGGGGAGCGCUAGCUCAGACGGCAGCAUCCAGGUGGCCAUGGGGAGCGUCAGGGAUCCAGAUCGGAUCCCUGGAAAGACCGAGCCAGAGGCUGCUGGCCCCAACCAGGUCCACAAUGUUCGGGGGUUGAUCAAGCGGCUGAAAGAGAAGAAAAAGGCCAGGUCGGAGAUGGGAGCCAGUGCCUCCCGAGACGGGCCUCCCAGUGUUCUGGGCUCUCGGGAAUCGCUGGCCACACUUUCCGAGCUGGACCUCGGCGCUGAGCGGGACGUGCGCAUCUGGCCACUGCACCCCAGCCUCCUGGAGGAGCCGCACUGCUUCCAGGUAACGUGGGCGGGUGGGAGCCGCUGCUUCUCUUGUCGCUCAGCCUCUGAGAGGGACCGCUGGAUAGAAGACCUCCGUCGCCACUUCCAGCCCAGCCAGGACAACGUGGAGCGGGAAGAGACGUGGCUGAGCGUGUGGGUGCACGAGGCAAAGGGGAUGCCCCGGACGGCUGCAGGACCGCCGGGCGUGCGCACCGAGCUGUGGCUGGACGGCGCGCUGCUGGCGCGCACUGCUCCGCGGACUGGGCCUGGCCAGCUCUUCUGGGCCGAGCGCUUCCACUUCGAGGCGCUGCCACGGGCGCGUCGCCUGUCGCUGAGGCUGCGCGGAGCGGCCCCGGGGGCAGCGGCACUUGGCCGCGUGGCGCUGGCCCUAGAAGAGGUGGGCGUCCCUCGCUCGCCCGCCGCAGGUUUGGAGCGCUGGUUCCCGCUGCUCGGGGCGCCAGCGGGCGCGGCGCUGCGGGCGCGGAUCCGGGCGCGGCGCCUGCGGGUGCUGCCGUCCGAACGCUACAAGGAGCUGGCGGAGUUCCUCACCUUCCACUACGCUCGCCUCUGCGGGGCCCUUGAGCCAGUGCUGCCCGCCCAGGCCAAGGAGGAGCUGGCGGCUGCCAUGGUGCGCGUGCUUCAGGCCACAGGCCGGGCGCAGGCGCUGGUGACAGACCUGGGCACCGGGGAGCUGUCACGAAGUGGAGGCCGUGAGGCGCUGCUGUUCCGGGAAAACACAUUAGCCACCAAGGCCAUCGAUGAGUAUAUGAAGCUGGUGGCACAGGAUUACCUCCAACAGACCCUGGGGCAGGUGGUGCGGCGUCUCUGUGCCUCCACGGAGGACUGUGAGGUGGACCCCAGCAAGUGCCCUGCCCCGGAGCUGCCCCAGCACCAGGCCAGACUGCGAAGCACUUGUGAGGAGGUCUUCGAGAACAUCAUCCAGUCCUACAACUGGUUCCCAGCGGAGCUGGGCACCGUGUUCUCAGGCUGGCGAGACGCAUGCAAGGCACGUGGCUCUGAGGCCUUGGGCCCCCGACUGGUGUGUGCCUCUCUCUUCCUGCGGCUCCUGUGUCCUGCCAUCCUGGCACCCAGCCUCUUUGGCCUGUCACCAGAACACCCAGCACCCGGCCCAGCGCGCACCCUCACACUGAUUGCCAAGGUCAUCCAGAACCUUGCCAACCAUGCCCCGUUUGGUGAGAAGGAGGCAUACAUGGGCUUCAUGAAUGGCUUCCUGGAGGACCAUGGACCAGCCAUGCAACGUUUCCUGGACCAGGUGGCCAUGGUGGAUGUGGAUGCAGCACCCAGUGGCUACCAGGGCAGCAGCAACCUAGCCCUCCAGCUGGCAGUCCUUCAUGCCCAGCUCUGUACCAUCUUUGCUGAACUUGACCAGGCAACCCGUGACAACCUGGAACCACUGCCCACCAUCCUGCGAGCCAUUGAGGAGGGCCGGCCUGUGCCCGUGUCUGUGCCAAUGCGUCUCCCAUCACACCCAGCCCAGCUCCACCCCAGUUUCUCUGCAGGGGAGAAACCAGGCUUCCUGGCUCCCCGGGACCUCCCCAAGCACACCCCUCUCAUCUCCAAGAGCCAGUCCUUGCGCAGCGUUCACGGUGCAGGCGGUUGGGUGCGGCUGCGGCCAGACGAAGAGCAGCCCCCACGGUUGACCCGGCCGGUGCAGCGCACACAGAGCGUCCCCGCUGGCCGCUCUGCGCGUCGCCGCCCCUCUACAGGGCCCCGGCCGAGACCCAAAGGAUCCUUACGCACUGCUCCCGCGCCCCACGGCCGGCCCUGGACCGGUGCCUCGGCCUCGCUGCCUCGAAAGCCGUCGGUGCCCUGGCAGCGCCAGCAGGACCAGCCGCGGGGCAGAGAGCAGGCGCUGGGCACGCACCGACCCGUGGGCAAGCUGGCCGAGCUGCAGUGCGAGGUGUCCGCCCUGCGCGAGGAACAGAAGGCUCUGUCCCGCCUUGUGGAGGCGCUGGGCACCCAUAUCCAGGCCUUGACCGAGCAGCAGGAGCAGCUUCGCGGCCAGCUGCAAGACCUCGACUCCAGGCUCCGGGAAGGAACCUCGAAGUUGGAUCCAGGGCGUGUCGCUCCAAGAAGUGAGAACCACAGGCUGAGAAACCUGGAGCAUCGCCUGGCUGAGAUGGAGAGUACUCAGGCGCAGCUGAGAGAAGCCGUCCAGAGCCUGCAACUUCUUCCAAGGACGUCUGAGUCCCGGAGCCAGCCGCUUCCUCUCAAAGCACCCUGUGUCAACGGAGAAACCACCUGAGCCGCCCACCCCAUCCCUCGUGGUCUGGGAGCAGAGAGAUCGCCGUCUCAGGGGCCUGCCGACCCCUGCCCUACGUGGCGUACAGUGGGGAGUGGAGCUGUAGGUACCAACCGGCCUGGCACUAUGAGGUUGCCCAGUAAAAUCUUGAUUUCAAGAAAAUCUAUGGGUUUUUUUGCCCCAAAGUGUUGCCAACCAGAAAGCACCAUCUACCCCUCUUCAGUUCUCCCAAAUUCUCCCCUAACUGGAGGUCUCAUGAAGAGGGCAAUGUAAGGAGGCUGUCACCAGCUCUGUGACCUCAGGCCUUCAGUGUCUCAGAACCUUAAUGUCCUCAUCUGUAAAAUGGAGUUAAAUUCCUUACACAGUGGAAGAUCCAUAGUUUAAUAAAAGAUAUUUACUGUUAGGAGCAGCACCUGCUUCUCAACGAAGGCCAGAUCCCACCCCCACCAACCCCUCUAGGCCUUAGAUGAGAGCAUCUUCCUAGGCUCCCAAAUCUCCCUCAUGGCAGGGAGAGCAUGGGUCUGGGAGGCUGAAGACAGAAAGGGCCAGUAGGUGUGGAACUGGUUGAGCUCUGAGAGGGCAUUUCAAUCAUGGUGGGUGGAUGGGUGAGGGGUAGGAAGAAAGAGACAAUAGGCGGAUGAACAGGUUAGCCUCUCCUGGGUGUUUGCCAGAGUAGGUGAGUAGACUGUUCUCUGGAUGGAUACAUCUGCCAAGAAAAGGCCUGGAUCAUAGUAGGAAAUAAAUAUUUCAUUAAUUGA